ACAGAGGAACAGACAGUGUAACAAAAAUGAUAAAUUUUCUUGGCUUAAAAUCACUUCAGGCGAGACGCACCGAGGCCAGACUGAAUUUUUUUUACUUAGUAUAUAAUAGUAUAGUCAAAAUCAAUCAUCAUGAGUACAUUACUCAUGUUUCGCACGCAGGUAGACGUUAUAACAAUGGAAAAAUGAUUCAAGAAUAUCGAGCUCAUAGUAAUAAAUUUAAGCACUCAUCUUUUGUAAACACAUUUACCAAUUGGAACAAAUUGCCGCAGUGUGUAGUGGAUAGCCCGAAUGUGGAAACGUUUCUUGUUAACUUGAGAGUCUCGAGUGUGUGAACUUUGUAAUGUGUUCGUACGAUGUGUAUGUGUACAAUGUAACAUGUGUAUGAUCGUAUCUUGUUAUUACAAAUAAAACGCUUCUGCCAAGCAUCACAUGCUAUGUACAUGAACAAAAUGUUGACACUAUGUUGUAACAGCUGUCAACACAAGGCUCGUCAAAGUUAACUGGUUUUUGGCCCAUCGCAGUUAAGAAAUUAGAGGCUGGGCUUUUCGAUGCUCAGGGAAAAAAAGUAUACGUUAAUACUGGCACCAUACUUUCGAUUUUCUUGUGGACUUGUAGAACAUAAAGUUUUUUUCACCCUCCACAAAAAAAAAAAAGAAAUCACAAUACUUGACCAUGCAAUAAUACAUGGCACAUUUCACUGCCAAAAAGCUGUGGGACCUUGAGCCAAGGCUGCGCUUUAGCCAAAUGAGUGUCUCGACAAACACACAAAAAAGGAAAAACCAAUAAAGUCACAGCAACAAAGUCAAUGGCUUCUCUUGAGUUCUAUGAGAGAGGCAACUCGUACCUAUAAAACACAGUGCAAGCUCAGACGAUACGUAACAAAUUGAGCAUCGAGCGACGAUUGUGCCAAGUCUCUUAAACCAAGUCAACAGAGUUGCGACUUGUGUGUGUUUGUAUGACGUUUUUUCAUAUUAUGGUAUUUUAUUGUGUAUUUUCUGUGCCCACCCCUGCUUGCAGUCACGUGACUCCGCAGUAUUAAUAAGUAAAUAAAAAAGAAAACGAAUUAAGGGACACGAGGAGCGACCACGCUCCCUUUGAAAGAAGACAAAGUUGGCGCGUCGGCCUUGUGGUCUCUGAACACAGAGCUGGUUUUUAUUUCUCGCAUCCUGGUCCUGCGCACUGAUUUUUUUUUUUUUUUUUGAUGUCGCGACAAUUUACAUUGUACAGCGUGGUUCCGCAUAGAGCUGUCGCUGAGUGCUUCCGCCGAAAGGAAAAGGCAAGGGGUUUGAAAAAACUUAAAUGCUCUUUAGAACACUGAGUCACAAGCUUUGUGGUGAAGUUUAGUGCGCAGGGAUGGCUUUUAAUACUUUUAUUUUUUGUUUCGUUGGCGCCAUCACGACGUCCCCAGGCGAAGUUUGAAAAGCUUAAGGUCAAUACGCCACGUGGUGCCACUCAAGCGAACUAAGCCCUGAUGUCCAGGAAAGCUGGAUAUGGUUACGUUAGGAGGAAACAACCAUGAAACUCAUUCGCUGGGUAGAGGUGCACAUCGGCCGGUCACGCAAGAGGUCCAAAAAGACACCCACAAAGCAACAGGCGUCGCCCCAAUGCAGCUUCCCGUCUGACAAGUGCAUCUCACCGCUGCAUACGACCGCUGAAGGCGAAGGCACCUCACAUUUAGGAUGCCAUGCCCGCCUAGAAGUGGAGCCGCGAACCAGCAAUCUGCCCAAGCUAUCAGUGCACAUCCGCACCAGCUUUCUGGGUCAGACGUCGCCGGCAGACGCGCGCCAGAGGAGCGGCAUCAAGACAAACCCGUGGAUUGCGUCUUCGCGAAGCCCCUGCGGAAGCAGCUCGGCAGACUCCGGUUGGGCCGGAUCGCACUCCUCCACCGGCUCCGAGGGCGAUUAUGGGGAUAUGAGCCUGCUGCUGCCGCCGCGCGAGCCUCGCGACCAUUGGUCCUCGAUGGGAUCGCUGCGUAGCCGCGCGCCUUGCGACUCGAGCAUUCAGGGCGGUUCUCCGCUUCGCCUUCGCACAUCGUGGGCCUUGGACCGGCGACCAUCGCCCCUCACUGGAUCCAGUGACCUGUGCAUGACGACGCAGCUACCGGAAUCGGCGAGACAGCAGCGGGGUGAAACCUGUAUCGCCCGUCGAGCAUUGACGGGUACCCGUAUCAGCGACAGUAGCGACGACGAGGCCUACUCUGAGGACUUCCUCCAGUCCGAGGGUAGCAGCGACGCGGUGACCGUUGUGAAAGCUGGAACACCGCAGACUGACUCGGCUUGUGACCCUGGAAGCAGCUGCACCACGACGCCCCUAUCUGAGUGUUCCUCACAGUUACAAACAACUGAGACGUUUGCCGACAAAGUACGGCGUCUGCAAGCCCAGAGGGUGGUGGUCGAGCAGAAGAUCCACGAGGCCCGUAUCGAAGAGCAGGCUUCGCGCGAUCAGAGGAUUCAACUCCACCGCGAACUGAUGCACUUCCGCAGGCUUACGCUGCUGCACUCGUUGCAGGAGUUGCGAUCCGAUCUCGAGCAGCGCACAGCUUCCGAGACUGCGCACGGAGGGCGGCAUUGACAAGUUCGUUGCUUGAGGUUGAAAAGUACAUGUGUUCGACGCUGUACACAGGACGCUGUGUGACCGGCUAUUUCGGACGAGUUUAUCUGGCGUACUAACGUCGUGUCUAUACCGUAGCGCUGUAUGCAGAUAACUGGCAGGUCCACCUACAGCAAGAAGCCUUGACUUCCCAACGCAUUCCAUGUAAAGAUUUUAUUUGUCCGUAAUGGGUACAACGCACAGUGUGGUACAGUCUCGUUAGAACAACAUUGUAAGAUCAAAUCAUCGCUUAGUUGCAUUCAUUAGAUAUUUUGAAUAUAGCUGUUCUGAAAGGGGUCAUGUUUUCGCAAUGCAGCUUUAUGUUUUAUGUACCGGGUACAUAAAACGUCCACACUGUAAAAUAUGAGUAAAUUUUAGGGUCUCAAUAUUUUAUAAAUAUGUUCUUUUUUCAUUUA